AUGAAUCGGGAUCGGACAAGCGUUGCAGAGGGAGAAACGCUAGGGUUCAGCGAGCCGUUUUAUAAGCUAAACCAUGGCCAGACCCAUUGGGUUUCGCUUACUGCAUGCAGGAAUUGGAGCUUUCGAUUUUGUUUCUUCUAUCUAUCGCUGCAAUGUAAUGUCGGAUUCGAUUCAAGGUGCCGUGGGUUGAAACUCGAAAGCACGAGUGCAAAGUGUGACCAUACGACGACUAAUGAGGAAAAACUGGGUGGCAAGGCUGGGAGCAUGCCUUCAAAGUUGUGA